GUACCAUUUGCCAGAGACGCUCCUCCAAACCCCUAAACCCUCUCUCUCUCUCUCUCCCCAACAGCAGCCAUGGCGAUGCGCUUAGUCCUCUUCCGGCGAGCCCCAACCGCACCGUCCGCCUUCCGACGCUCUCUCGCCGCGCUUACCCCGGCCUCCGCGGACCCCGCGCUCUCGCCAUUUCCGUCGCGACCGUCAACGCCACCACCGUCGUGGACGUCUGCGACUCCAACCGCGCUAGGACCUCGGUCCUUGGCGCCGGCGUCGUCGUCGCUGCUCUUCUCGCGAUCGCUGGCCUACAACGCCCGGAACUACAACGACGGCGGCGACAAGAUCGAUCCGGACACGGUCCUCUUCGAGGGGUGCGACUUCAACCACUGGCUCAUCACCAUGGAUUUCCCCAAGGACCCCAAGCCCACUCCCGAGGAGAUGGUUCGCACCUACGAGGAGACUUGUGCCAAAGGGCUCAACAUCAGUUUGGAGGAAGCAAAAAAGAGAAUGUAUGCAUGUAGCACAACCACCUAUCAGGGGUUUCAGGCUGUGAUGACUGAAGCAGAGUCAGAGCAAUUCAGAGAUUUACCUGGAGUUGUUUUUAUAUUACCUGAUUCCUACAUUGAUCCCCAAAACAAGGAAUAUGGAGGUGACAAGUAUGAAAAUGGAGUAAUUACUCAUAGACCACCUCCGGUUCAGUAUGGGAGGCCGGGUGGUAGACCGCGCAGUAGAAACUAUGGCCAACCUAGAUAUGACCAGCAAGGAGGUCAAGUGCCAAAUAGACAAGGGAGCCCCCAAUAUGGUUAUCAGGGACCUAUGCAGCGGGAUGCUCCGCAAAAUUAUUCUCCCCAGCAAAGUUAUGGUCCCCCAGGGCAAGGUGAAAGAAGAAAUGCCAUGCCAACGAACAAUAUGGGUUAUGCCACUGGUGGAAGGGAUCCAUUUCAAGGACAGAGGAGAGAUCCAGUGCCUUCACACCAGGGAAACUACAAUCAGCAGGGUCAUAACAGCAAUUACUAUCAGCAACAAAGAGACAUGCCGCAAGGAUGGAGCUCUGCCCCGCCAGGGCAGAAUGAUUAUAGGAGAGACAAUCAGAACUAUGCACCUACUUCUGGUGGAACAUAUGGACAGGGUCCUGAUGGAUUUCAAGGGCAAGGUACUGGUAGUGCAUUUGGGCAAGGAAUGAAUCCCAGUCAAGGACAGAAUUAUAUGGGCCGUGGAGAAGGACAGAGGUUCACACCGCCGGGCCAAGGGAGCAUGCAGGAAGACCAAAGGAGCUACAGACCGGAGGGACAAGGGGAAACGGAGCAAAGGAGAUAUUAGAAGUGAGCUCAAAUGGAGUUCUUGGGAUCACGGCAAGGCUUGCAAAGAUGGUAAUUUACGUAACUUCUCUCAAGAGGAUCUUAAAUGGUUUCUGCAGGAGUGACGGUAUUCCACAUGGUCAUGACAGUAGUAGGUUGAGAAUGAAGUCC